AUGCCACCCAAACCCUCUGACCUAACAGAGGCGCUAGCAGUAUCUCCCUUUUUCCAACUAAUACCAAAGCAGGACUUGGCACCGCUUUUGUCUUUUUCAAGAUUGUACUCUGGAGGCCCCGAUUGUACUAAGUACGUGUCUCACGCGUCUACGUUGCUCGUUGAAAAAGCACAAAAGGCAUUGGAGGAUGGUGAUCUGGUUGCGCUGUACAUAAUUGAGGAGUAUGCCAAAAAUUUGUCGAGCUUCGAAAGCAGGGACCUUCUGGCUCUCAGUUUCAAGAAACCAGUCAUAUCUGGUGUGAGCGAUCGCACCACUAUGCCUCUUUCCGUUCCUCCUCAUUUCCAAGCCAUUUAUGAGAAGCAGAGCUUAGUCAAUGAUCUGGACCUCGUAACAUUUGAAACUGACGUCGAUAAUGUUGACGUAUCCAGUGACCGUCUCAGAUUAUUACCCAAUUAUUCCGCUCUUGAUCCGCUGGUCGUAUCGCCCCACGUUCGCUUUUAUGAAGAGAAACUCGAAGAGGAAUACUUGAAGAUAAUGAGAAAACGACAAAGACCCAGUCUGCUAUCAUGUGGCUCAGUUCAUUCGUCGCGGAAAAGAGUUCACAUCGAGAAUUCUGAUGCACUAUCCAUUUACAAAAUUGUGGACGCGAUUGGUUUUGUCGAUGGAAGAAACCAAGAUGAUAAGAAUUGCAUAAUUACAGACCGCGGGAUUACUAUUCUUACACUGUACUCAGCCCAUUCGUUGUUUUCUGAGUUAUCCAGGUUAACUACUUCUUUGCACGCUUCUGACCUUGAAUCAAGCUAUCUUCAGCGUAUCGCAGUCCUAUGUGCCAACACUAUUAAUUACUAUGUUCACUUAAUUGAAUCUGAUGGACUUGAUAUCCAAAACCAGAAUUUGAUGCUACUCUCGUCAAAGCUUCUUUUCUUGGUUAUCAAUUCCCACCCGCAUGAUAGAAAAUUACAUGUUGAUUCCCAUCUUUUAAUAUUGGUUGAUUUGCUUUCAAAGAUCACGAAGAGUUGUGUCAGCUUGAGCUCUAACUUCAACUUCACCCUCAGUCCAUCAAUGUUACAUCAGCAUAUCGCGGAGUCAGCUAAAGGUCUUGUGGACUACUUAAAGGAAAACAAGCCAGACGAGCUGAUUUUGACCAAGAUAGAAUAUAUGUGCAUUGAAGUUGUUUUUGCAGACCUCAAAGAUAUGCUUCAUGACGAUCUCCGUAACGCCAUGAUUCAAUUGUUGAUUCAAAUUUUCAAAUUUUAUCCCAGUCAGAGGCAAUUUAUUGUCAAUGAGAUGUUGGCAAAUUUUAAAAAACUCUCACAACAGAAUAACACUUCUCGCAUAAAAUUAUCUCAUGGUGGUAACGUACUGUUUAUUAGCGUGUUCCUUGUUCGUCUUGUCCAGAGUUUUGACACCAAAUCGAUGGAGAGAGAAAUAAACUCCUUCAAGAAGUUAGAGAAGAACAAAAAUCCACACAGUUCUAAAAACUUGAAGAGGCUGAGCCUAGUCAGUGGGGCUUUGGCUGUUCUUAACGAUGCAAGAGGAAUCGCUACUCAAAUCUCGGUAUUUUUUGCUGAAGCACUUGUGGGUUCGGACAUCGCAUUUAAAUCACUCUUCCUGGUUUUCAUUGAUGAUUGUCUAACUCUUCUUACUUUGCCAGAUUGGCCUGGUGCAGUGCUAAUGACCGAAUCUUUGAUGUCCACAUUUUGCUAUAGACUCAAAGAAAAUAAAUUCCAGGGCGCUAUAGAACCGUAUGCUUUGGAAGUCGUGGGGAAAGUUGGAAUAGAGAUUCUCAGGAUAAAGAAAAGAUGCACUGUACGGCUUGAUUUCAGCGCUAACAUUACUGAUAAUGAAUUGAGUGAACUAAAGGUAGUAAUCGAACUGGUGAUUACGCAAACCUCAAAUGAAUACAUGCAAAUCAGCGAUGUUCGACAGUUCCAUUUGUUAUUCUUACGAUUAAUAAAAAUAUGCGAACGUCUUUCAAGUGAGGUUACUAAAGGAUUUGAAGAACACAUCUAUGCCAUCAAUCCUACAAAUAAUUUAUCUACCGAAAUCCCAGAAAAAGCAAUUCAGUUACAUACACUCAUUGAUGCCUGCCUAGGACUAUUAGCUCAGGAUAAUCACCUCGUUAAUACUAGAGAAGAAAGCUCAAGGACUGGAGAAAAUAGCUCAAGUGCAAAGCAUGGCUACUUGGCAUUGCUAUUGAUUGAGCUCGAUCCUUUAUACGACAAUUUUGUCGCUCUUUUGGUAUCUUAUUUGGAAUCAUCUAAAGUCAAAUCAGCUACAAAGGCGAUCAAAAUUCUUUCGUCCAUGAUUGACUUCAACCCAAAGAUUUUGUUAGCACUGAAAAUCAGCACUUCAAUUUCCAAAAUAAUGGCAGGUAAUUCUCCUCUGAUGAAAGAAGCAGUGGUAGAAAUACUAGGUAAAUAUAUUGCUGCAAAUCCUGAUCUCAUCGAGAAAUACUAUCAAGACAUUUGUGAACGAGCUGCUGAUGAUGGUGUCACUCUUAGAAAACGGGUUAUUAAGAUUAUGAAGGAAAUGUAUCUCCACAAAGAUGAUAAGUCCAUUCGAGUCUUCAUUUCAAAAAAAAUGUUGCGAAGAAUUUACGAUGAAGAACCAAGUAUUCGUGAUAUGUCUAGAACUUCAUUAACUGCUUUAUUAUUCCUAGAAGAUCUGGACACUUCAUCAGUAAAAGUAUGCCAAUUGAUGAUUGAAAUUGUCAACUCCCCUGGUUUUCUGGUCAGCAAUUUCACUGAUUUUAUUGCACAAGUAAUUGCGGAUAAAUCUGUCCAGAUGUCCUUAAAGAGAAUUGUGGAUGCAGCAUUCAACAUUGCAAUAGAUCACAUAGAGACGGAUUGCCAUGAGGUGAAAAAGUCCCUUAUGUUAGUGAAUUUGUUAGCACGUUGUGAUAAAAAAUUGGUCUCUUUUGAUAAUAUGGUUGCAUUACAUCCCUAUGUUAUAAGUGACCAGGGGCAUACUGAAGGUGUGUCCCUACAGGCUUUGAAAAUCCUAAGACUUUUUCUUGAGGACACAAAAUCUUUCAGAAAAGACUAUAUCGUGAAACUUCGAGACGGCCUUCUUUCCAGGUUAACUAAGUUUGACAAUAAGGAACUACAUGAAGCGGUGCCAGCAAUAAAUGCAUUGUCCAGCUUGACUGAUGAUAAAUCAAAGAUGGUGAAUGCUUUUAUUUCCACUACACUCCUUCUUCAGCCUAUUAUCGCUGAGCAGAAAAUGAAUCGCGUAAGUUUGACUAAGUGCCAUAAACUCUUGAAUUUACUAGGAUGUUUUGGUUCCUACUGUGAUUUUGAGGGGUCUAGAGAAAUAAUCAUGAGAAGCAAGGUCGAAUUAAAAGAGAAAGAAACUGUCGUGAGUUUAAUUUGCAAGUACUUGUUAGUAUUUUGUGCUUCAAGAUAUGAUGUCAGAACAAGAAAUGUUGCACUCAAAAAUUUGUUGUGUGUUAGUACUUACCACCCCAAGUUAUUCUUGUCUGAAGCAAUCCUUACAAUCCUUGACAAAGAACUCGGACAUGGGAAUCAUCUAACGAAAUUAACUAUAGUUGAGGGCCUUGCCAACUUCCUUGCGAAAGAAGACGGGGAUGCGAUUGCGAGAAGCAACGACUAUUCAAGCUCUUCACAAAAUCUGGGUGUCAGCUCUUUCAAUGGAAGUUCAAUUUCUUCCUUGAAUGAUGGAGUAUGUGCUAGUGUCAUUCAGAGGUACAUUGAUAAGAUCCUAGCAUUAUGUUUGUCUGAUCACACAGCUUUUGCUCCUGUAUUGUUCUUACAAUUAGUGGUUAAGCUUGGUUAUGCUAACCCAAAAAUGUGCGUCCCUACAAUUAUUGCAUUGGAGGCGUCUUCCAACAAAAUUAUAAAGAAGAUUGCAAUUUGUCUCCACACAGAGAUAUUCGAGAAGCACGAGUCACUUUCCGAUAGAAAUUAUCCUGAUGCAGUGAAAAUGGCUGUAGCGUACUCAAAGAGGAUGAAUGGUCUGUCUUUUUUGAAGCAAAUUCUGUUCUUUCGCACCGUUUAUCGAAUUAUCAACAAGCAAUAUCUGUCGAAAAAGAAGUUUGUGUUAUCAGUUGCAAAAGUAUUCAACAUCUCAUUAACUCAAUUCUCAUUAGAAGAAUGUUUAGAUCAGAGAGACCUCGUUGUUUUCUCUGCCAUGAACCUUCUGGUACUUUCGCUUUCAUCCUUGGAGGAAGUAUGUCUUCUUUUAUACCAUUUGGAUAGAGUCAUAACAAGAGAUGGGUAUGACCUUGUUGAUAGGAUUACUAGUACCGUUGGAUCUAAAUCUGGGUCAGGAAUUUCGGUGGAUAAUUUGCAACUUCUUUUCGUGAACUCGCAGACUAUUCUGACACUCAUAUAUUUGAGACAGCUUUUAGCUGCAUCUUACUCAAUCAGCUCAUCCGUAAUGGAAGAAUUUCGUCCAAGUCGGAGCAACUUGGAAUUACGGCAGCAGCCACGAGCAAUAACCCUCAUUGAUUUUCCAUUAGAGGAGCUAGAAAUGAGCACCAACUUAGCACACCCAGGCUCCUUCGGCAAGGUCUUUACAAAAGUAGUGCUGUUGAUGAGAAACUAUUCUACAUAA